UAAGUUGGGAAUGAAUUACCAACCGGACCGUGUUUUGUAAUCGUUUAUGAAUGGCGAUAAAAUCGGUUAACCAUGAUUUUGGUUUCCUGGACGCUGGGAUCUUAAAAUCCAUCUUGUCGGAGCUGCCACCUGAUUCACCUUACUUGAAACCGGGCGAUCACCACAUUCUGGACAGGGGAUUCAGAGACGUGAUUCAGACUCUUCUUCGCCUUGGACACCUCACACAUAUGCCGGAACUACUAGACACCGAUGAUAAACAAUUCACCACUUCGCAAGGAAAUGAGUCAAGACGGGUCACGUUGGUCAGAUGGUUGGUGGAGGCAGUAAAUGGAAGAAUCAAGAAAAAGUUCAAAUUAUUUCGAGAGACGGUUCCAGGAGGAUACCUUGAGAAGCUGCCCAUGUUCUUCAGAAUUGGUUGCGCCCUUAUUAACUGUUUCUGCCCUCCUCUCUCCACCCACUCACCCAAGCAUGAUAAGAUAGCCGAACGAGCAUUGGAACUUGCUGACCAGGAGAAUUUACUACAAAAGCGAGUGGAGGACGAGAAGAUGGAUCGCCGGACUAAGGAAUGGAAGACAGCCUCGCUGAAAGAAUUUCCAAAAUUCCCGAAGCUUUCCGUUGACGAUUUAGAGGACAUUACCCUUGGAGUGUAUCAGAUUGGAUUGGCCAAGAGAUACGCUAAUCUGCACAUGAAAAAUUCUCCAAUCUUUGAAAUUAAACUGAAUUCAGAAUUUCCCAACAUCGUGCGAGCCAAGAUUGAAUCAAGAUUUACAGCCAACAAAGCCCACGAUCUAUGGAUCGAAUAUUCUUCGGACCCAGAAGUUAAAGGUGCUGACGCCAUAAGAGGUUUCUAUUGUAAAUGUAAACAAGGCGCUCGGACAAUGGGCUGUUGUGCACAUAUUUGCACGGUGCUGUGGUACUUGGGUUAUCAAAGGUACCAAAACCCAGUUACAAUUAACGUGCGGAAACGGAAGCUGGAAAUUAUCAACGCGGGGCGUUCCAAGGAAGUGGUGGCGGAGAACUAAGACGAAGAUUUUGGUUACACUAUUUUUAGUUAAGGUUAUGCAUGCACGUCAAAUCUGGUAAUGAUUAACAAUUUUAGUUCAUUUGUAAAGUACGAGAGAAUUUGGGAAAGCCCAUGUGUACUAUGAUUGAUUUCGUAGUUGGCAAAUCCUAAACGUACUU